UGUCUGCCCUUUUCUUUCACUCACCCUGCCCCCCUUGCUCUGUCCUCGUCACCCGCCCCCUUUCUCUCUCUCCCUCGCUCCUUCAGUCUCCAGUCUGCUUCUGUUGUCUCGGCGGCUGGUAGGGUCUGGGAGAGAGGAUCUCGCGAGUCUUGGAGUUUUGGUGAGAGUUUGUGGAAGAUGGCGCCUGUUGUGACAGGGAAGUUUGGGGAGCGCCCUCAACCACAGCGCCUGACGAGAGAAGCCAUGCGGAAUUACCUCAAGGAACGAGGAGACCAAACUGUGCUCAUCCUACACGCUAAAGUUGCACAGAAAUCAUACGGCAAUGAAAAAAGGUUUUUCUGUCCUCCCCCUUGUGUGUAUCUGAUGGGCUGUGGAUGGAAGAAGAAGAGGGAGCAGAUGGAGCGAGAAGGCUGUUCGGAGCAGGAGUCUCAGCCCUGUGCCUUCAUCGGCAUCGGCAACAGUGACCAGGAGAUGCAGCAGCUAAACUUGGAGGGGAAGAACUAUUGCACAGCCAAAACAUUGUACAUCUCAGACUCAGACAAACGCAAGCACUUCAUGCUGUCGGUGAAGAUGUUCUACGGGAACAGCACAGACAUCGGCGUCUUCCUCAGCAAGAGGAUCAAGGUCAUCUCCAAACCUUCCAAAAAAAAACAGUCCCUCAAAAAUGCAGACCUCUGUAUAGCAUCAGGAACGAAAGUGGCGUUAUUUAACCGACUUCGCUCGCAGACGGUCAGUACACGUUACCUGCACGUAGAGGGAGGAAACUUUCACGCCAGCUCACUGCAGUGGGGAGCCUUCUACAUCCACCUCUUGGAUGAUGAAGAGUCUGAGGGAGAGGAGUUCACUGUGCGAGACGGCUACAUUCACUAUGGCCAAACUGUCAAACUCGUGUGCUCUGUGACGGGCAUGGCUCUUCCUCGACUGAUUAUCCGUAAGGUGGAUAAGCAGACCGCCUUGCUGGAUGCAGAUGACCCUGUCUCCCAGCUGCAUAAGUGUGCCUUUUACCUGAAGGAUACGGAGAGGAUGUACCUGUGCCUUUCUCAAGAGAGGAUCAUCCAAUUUCAAGCUACUCCAUGCCCAAAGGAACCAAAUAAGGAGAUGAUAAAUGAUGGUGCCUCCUGGACAAUCAUCAGCACUGAUAAAGCAGAAUACACCUUCUAUGAGGGCAUGGGCCCUGUAUACACCCCCGUCACACCCGUGCCUGUGGUCGAGAGCUUACAGUUAAAUGGUGGAGGAGACGUAGCAAUGCUGGAGCUGACAGGACAGAACUUCACUCCAAAUCUGCGGGUGUGGUUUGGUGAUGUAGAGGCAGAAACCAUGUACAGGUGUGGCGAGAGCAUGCUGUGCGUCGUCCCAGACAUCUCGGCGUUCCGCGAGGGCUGGCGGUGGGUGCGGCAGCCGGUGCAAGUCCCUGUAACGCUGGUCCGUAACGACGGUAUCAUCUAUUCCACGACGCUCACGUUCACAUACACGCCCGAACCCGGUCCCCGUCCACACUGCAGCGCGGCCGGCGCCAUCCUCCGAACGGGCAACACCAGCUUGCUUUCCACGACCGGCAACAGCGCGGGAGGGAACGGAGAAACGGCACCCUACGGUGCCAACAGCACAUCUAACGCCGUCACAGCGUCGUCCUCUAAUGCAGCCGCGGCUGUGGUGUUAUAACACACGCAGCAGCGCUCACAAACUCACAAUGUGCUAUGCGUGAAACAAAUUCAACAGACUACGAACUGUUUGUAAAAGUGCUGCAUAUUGAAUUUCAACAUAAAAUCCCGGAGAUGAAAAACAAGGGAUAGAUGGGCGAAAAAGGCAAAACCUGUGGCGAGGGCAAAAUAUUUGAGAAUGGUUCUCCUGUGCCCUCUUGUGGUUUUCUGUAAGGAGCCGGUCUGGUGCUAGCAAUAGACAAUGCCUGAAAGGAAACACCAGCACCUGUCAACAGGUGUAGAAGACAUGGAGACGAGACCACAGCAAUGAUACAUCAGCCGUGUACAAAAUGCGUCGACUGAAAAUGAUGUUCAGUCUCUUACGUUUCUUCCUUCCGGUCUGUGUGUGUGUGCGAUUGGGUGAGAUGUAUCAUAGCCUGGGAGGUCUAAACUCUUAGGAAAAGGGUCACAUUGAAAUUGUGAGAUGACAGUUUUUAUGGACCAAGGAUAUUGUAUAAGCUUUAGUAAAGGUACAAUUUUUUUUUUUUCCCUCCAUACCUUUUUUAUAUCAAACAUUAUAGUACGCUUUUGUUACCAAAUAGGUUCUGUUCCUCCUCUGAGCUUUUUCUGUAUAUAGCUACUUUCAUAUACAUCUGUUUGGUUGGACUCCUUCAGUUUUGAUACUUUGUAUUUUGUAAAACCAUUAUUUCUUUCCCCCUUUUUUGUUUUCCAUUCAUUUUAGUCGUUUUCAUUUUUCAUUUGGAAGAAACUCAGAGGGCCUGUUUUUUUUAUCCUUCGUUUUUAUGAAGUCUUUAAAAAGAAAAGAGCUUUAAGCAAUGCCUCUGCCUUGCCUGCAUUACAAUAUGCGCUACGCUUCCUUUAAGCAUUUCAUCGAUGUGUCUAGAUCUCACGAAAGGAACAAUGCCAUCUUUCUGUCUUAUUUGGGAAUUUAAACCAGAAAAUACAAAAUAGAGGCUUUAGGUGCAACGUGUCUCUUCGAUACGGUAGCCAUAGUGUAGUUGACUUGUUUUAGAGCACUGGUAGGAUCUCACAUAUCAAUAUCAGAAAGUUCGCUGUAGUUGGAUAUUUGUAACGUUAAAGUUCGGACACGAGUUUAGACUCCUACAGUUUUAGUGCCGUUUUUUUUACUGUUUCCUUUCUCAAAUUCAGUUGUUUGUCUUCCUAAACGUCCAUUUGCAUUUUUUAAAAUUUGAAAUGGUCUCAAAAGCGGAUGAUUUGGAGACGUGCUCUUCUAUUAGAUGUGGCCUUACUGGAACAAAGGUUCCCCGUUUAGUUCACUCCUUCAAAAGGAAGUGUACAAACGCGACCCGAGGAACCAAGCCUUGCAUUUUGAACAUUUUACAUGCGAUUUUUGAUAUUUAAACUCCCUUAAACUUUCGUUUGGAUUUAGAAGAUUUAAAUGUGUAAUAGAUACAAACAUACCCAAAGAUAUUAUAUUGCAUUUGUUGUCUCUGUUUUUUGAAUAUUUGAAGAGUAUGUUGGGAUUUGUGGCCUCUCGCACACCAAAAGUAGGAAGCUUUACUCCGUUGGUCAUUGAUGUGUUUAUCGUGGCCUUGGUGUCUCACCAACUAGUAGGCUAGUAUUAAUGACAAAAAAAAAAAAAACCUAGCUGUAAUGAACUCAUCAACCAGCACUAAUAGUGUUUUGUGACUUUCUUUUUUAUGUACAGUAAUUUAACUCUUGAAUUUUAUGCGUCCAUUUGUAAAAAAAGAAAAAAAAAUGAAAGAGAAAAAAAACAAAAAAAGACGAACCAUUCAGCCAUUCUGUUAUUUUUUUCGUGUGUCUGUGGCUCUUAACCCAGUUAUGUCCUUGGUGUUUCUCGUCGAAACGGUUGGGUGUUGUUUAGUGUCCGAGUUUGUCCUUAUCUUAUAUGUUAUUGUCUGGAUAGUAAAAGGACAUCAUGGGACUAGAAACAUGGAAGUAAAUGGCCUUUAAAUAAGUGUCUCAAAGAUGUAAGCAUACAGCAAUACUGUAUAGGUCACUUUUUGUGUCUGUGGAAAUAGCCACUGAUUUUUCACCAGCCUGAUCCACAGCAUAUGUGGUCAUGAAGAACAGCUGGCUCAACUAGAGUCAUCUUCACUUUCUUUUACACGUCAUACUAAUUUAACCAGACACCUUUUUGGUAGAUUUGUAGAUUUGCGUGGAUCCUCCGCUGUCUUCCUUACAUGGAAAAUCUGUAGUGUAGUACAAGUAGGCGACCCGUCAAAUAAGGCAAUACUCCAGCAUUGUAGGCCUAUAAUGUAGUAUAUUUCGGGAAAAAACUGUAACUUGAAUGUUUCUGCAAAAAAAAGUUCACUUGUUGCCUCCACUAGCUUUUUCUUUUCGCCAUCUUCAGCAACAUUGUCUCUCUUUCUUGCUAAACAUGUCUUUAUUCUGUCCUUGAUGGCCUCUUUGCAAAAAUCUUCCAUGAGGUGGUUCAACCAGAAGCUCUUGCACUUGGUUUCCCAGAAUUCUUCCAUUUGAACAUAUUCUUGCAAUUCAGUAUCAUGUAAGCGCACACUUCCAUUUGGAGGAAGAUGGCACUGGGCAAAAGCAUGGAUGCAAAUUUAACUAUGCCCACAUUAAGCAGUCCAUUUAAUUGCUAAUAUUUGAUGCUUUUUCAUUUAAGUGAUUGUCAUUGUCAGAGCUUACCAUGUAAUGUGGUAUUGUGUUUUUCCUUUUCUUCCCUUGAUUUAUAUAGCUUCAUGACCCCAAAAAGAAAAACAAGUGCUUUAAGCCAGUCCGCCUUGAAACGAUACAGCAUCAUUGAAACAAUUCCUACACAAACUAAAGAAGCGAUUAAUUCAGACCGUAAAUUCAGUGUGACUUUAUCACGUUUUCAUUAGCGUAGCACAAUAUAUCAACAUAUCCGAACCGCUCCGUCACUCUGAUUACUGCCUCUGUUCCACGUUUUGUUUACAUUGUGGAUUCGCUCAGUUCUGCCCCUCACUUACUGUGGUGUUAAAGUGCAUUAUGUUGCUCUCUGAACAAACCGAUUGACAAUCUUGCUGUUUUUUACUGUUUACAUGUUUAUUUUAAUUUUUUUUUUUGAAGGUGUUGAGCUUUAGAAUGAAGGAUUUGUUCUGACCCAUAUCUGAAACUGGCAUGUUGAGAAACUGUGUGUUUAAAUCACACAGGAUACAUUCUAACAAAAUGCAUAAAAUUGCAUUAUAUCAUUUUUCUGUCAGUUAUAAAUCAGUUGAAGAGGUCAUGUACCAAGCCUUAAAAAACACAUUUAAUGGCAAUCCGAGUGAACAAAUUGUUAGUUUUUUCUUUAAAAAUCAGAGUCAGCUGGUGUCAUUUAUACGUAUCUAUUGGUUUUAUAUUUCUUCAUUAACUUUGCUCUUCCAAAAACUCCUUAUUUUGAGCUCUGAUCAAUGUAUAGAUGAUAUGCCAAAUGUCUUAUACUUACAUUUUCAUGCACUGCUUAUCAAACAUGGCACGAGAGGCAGCUUUUCAAAGAUAUCUCAGUAGUUCUAAAAAAAAUCAAAUAAAAGAGGUUGGGAAAAUGCCCCGUAGUAGACAAACACAGUGGUAAUCUUUAGCGGCUUUCUAGUUCCAUACUUCCAUACAAAGAGCUUAAUUGGUCAUAAUUUUGUCUUGUUUUGCCUUUUGGACAUAAAUGUGUAAUCAAAGGCUUAUAUAGCUUUUUCUGUUUUACCAUCUGGAGAGUUUUGUGGCAGACUAACCACAUGUGUUGUAUCAAGUUGUUAUGCCUUUUAGGACGGUUUUAGUUUGGUAAUUCACCCUCUCUGCUGGUUUUGCACUUAGAGAAAACCACAUUUGUCUAGAUUAGUUGCUUACGGAGUGUAACGGUCACUUUUCAUGUAAAGCAAUCCUGCUGUGCCUAAUUUGAUGCUCUGUGCUAGGCUUUACAUGUGCAGUUUGUCCUUCACCCCUCUUAACCUUUCACUUCCCCUUUGUCAGUGUUUCUUUCUUUUAUUGCUCCUUCUUGGUCUGUUCUAGUUAUAAUAUUCAGAGGUAUCAGUAUGGUAGCAAUCUCAGUCCUUAAUGGGCCGCUGAUGUUAGGAUCAUGUGCCCUAAUGUGAAACAAGGGGGCAAAAACAUUAGUUCUGUUUCAUUUGUCUGUUUGAUUUUGUACAUAUUGCACCUGCUCAGUUCCAUAUGUCAUUAAAUAAUAAAACUGCAAAUAUUGGCAUAAAA